AGGACGACGACGAGGACGACGAGGACCUGGAGGAGGAGGAGCAGCACUACGAGGACGAGGAGGACCAGGGCGACGCCGACGAGGAGGACGACGAGGACGACGAGGACGAGGACGACGACGAGGCCUACCAGGAGGACAUGCAGGCCCUGAAGCACACCGACGUGGACCGCCAGCUGCUGCUGUUCAAGAGCGAGCUGGAGUGCCCCGACGUGGACUACGACAAGAUGAAGGAUAAGAUGCUGCGGCACUACGAGAAGCGCAUGCGCGGCGGGUACGCCUCCGGCAAGGGCGUGCUGCUGAACCUGCUGUUCAUCCACCUGGACAAGAACAAGGACGGCCACCUGGACCACGCCGAGCUGGACAAGGUCCUGUCCGAGGUGCACGCCGACUGGCCCGAGAACUGCCGGCCCUCGCUGCUCAUCAUCCACGACGACAGCGACGGCGACGAGGUGCUCAGCAGCGAGGAGUUCGUCAAGUCCUUCAACAAGACCAAGCUGAGCUACCCCAUCGAGGGCGUGUCGCUGGUGACGCUGGACAAGGACCUGCAGUGGGUGUCGCAGCGCGCCAAGCAGGGCGACAACGUGGAGCUGGCCUGCGACGUCAGCGGCACCCCCGCGCCGCCCAUCGUCUGGGAGCGCAACGGCGUGUACCUGGGCACCUCCAAGCCCGCCGGCGCUCCCGCUGGCGCCACCGAGGAGCCACCACACUACCCGGCCGUGGACCUGGGGCUGCGCGUCUUCGAGGACGGCUCGCUCUUCAUCCCCAACACCAACAUGUACCACGCGGGCAACUUCUCGUGCUACACGCCGCGCAACACCGAGGUGGUCCAGAACCACCACCUCGACGUCUACACCACGCCCACCGUGACCGUGGAGCCGCGCGUGCAGACGCGGCAGCCCGGCGAGGACGCCGUGGUGUUCUGCCACGUGACGGGCGAGCCCUUCCCGCAGGUCCAGUGGCUCAAGGGCGAGGAGCCGCUGCGCGCCACCGACCCGCGCAAGUACGUGACCAUCGGCAACGGCACCGAGCUGCGCGUGCGCCACGUGGACUUCACCGACACCGGCGUGUACUUCUGCCAGGCCAAGUCCGGCGUGGGCACCACCCGGGACAUGAGCACGCUCAUCGUCAUGCGCCAGGACGCGCAGUCGCUUAAACUGCAGACCAUGCAGCACCGCUUCUUCGUGUUCCACGACCGCGGCAUCUCCAUCCACGAGCCGCGCUCCUGCCACAUGCACCACUACAUCCGGCCGGCCACCGUCAUCCCCGGCACGCAGAGCGCGCUGUGCGGCGACAACGUGGACAAGCGCUGCAUCUGGGGCGAGGCGCUCAACGUGGAGGACCGCUACAUCUACGUGACGCAGCCCUACCUGGACCGCAUCAUCGUCAUCUCCGUGCCGAUGCUGGCCGUCGUCGAGGCCAUCGCGACCGACAAGUACCCCGUGCGCUUGACCUACGUGCCCCACACGAGCCAGGUGUGGGUGUUGAACUGGCGCAGCGAGCAGGACCGCGGAGCCAAGACCAUCCAGGUGAUCCGGGACGCCGUCGAGAAGCGCAAGCACGUGACCGUACACCUGGAGCCAGUCCGCGGCCAGUUCGACCUGAUCCAGGGCCUGUUCCUGCCCCCGAUGGGCCGCGACCUGAUGCGCGGCAUGCGGUUCGGCUACGUGUCGCACGCGCGGCGCCAGGCGCUGUCCAAGGUGGACCUGGAGGAGCUGCGCUACGCCCGCACCGUGGACCUCAGCCGCUACUCGUGCGUGCCCGUCGACGUGGCCUUCUCCGCGCUGUACGGCUUCGUGCUGGUGCGCUGCCAGAACCCGCGCACGGGCCAGGACUCGAAGCUGCUCCUGCUGGACUACAUGACGGACGCCGUGCUGGCCCAGUUCCCCAACCUGGCGGGCCGCGUCUACGUGACGCCCGACUCGAGGAAGCUGGUGGCGCUGCAGGAGGGCAAGCACGGCGUGGACAUCGUCGUCAUGCGCAUCACGGCCAUGGGCCUGUCCUUCCACUUCGACAUCCGCAGCACGCUGAACGUGAGCGACGUGGCCUUCUACCCAUCCACCUCGGCCCACGGCUACGACCUGUUCGCCACCACCGUGGACAAGGACGACAUCCUGUUCCUGGACCUCUUCACUGGCCAGGUGGAGAUGAUCACGGGCGCGGGCAAGCCGCUGCCGGCGUCCAAGGCGCGCUUCGGCGCGGCCAGCAGGCCCAUCUACUCGCCCAGGACCUUCGACCGGUACCUGGUGUCGCCCGGCUACGACGCCGUGUUCGUCGUCAACGGCCACGCCCGCGCCGUCAACUGCGAGGUGGGCGGCGUGGACGACCCCCGCCUGGCAGUGUGGGCCGCCAGCAUGCCCGCGUAGGCUGCCAAAGGCGCCGGGCCGAAUCCACCCGCCGCCGGCCGGGCCUCCGAGGAACCAGAGGAACCGUCUCCACUCCACACACCUCGCCGCGCCGGCUCGCCCCACCGAGGCCUCGCGAGCCACCAUGAGACCCUGGAACCCCUGGAGGCGGCUCGG